AUGAACUUGGUCCACCGACACAGGCUACAGUUAGCUGGAUUUCUGUUGUCUGUACUAGGAUGGAUUUUAACCGGUACCUGUAACUAUUUGCCAGACUGGAAAAAUCUCAACUUAGACUUAAAUGUACUGGAGCUUUGGACCAUGGGACUCUGGCAAACCUGUAUAGUCCAAGAUGUAGGAGGAACGCAGUGUAAAGACUUUGAUUCUUUCCUAGAUUUGCCUCUAGAAUUCAGGAUUUCCAGGAUUUUAGUAUCUACAUCAAAUGGACUAGGAUUUCUGAGCCUUGUGAUCACUAGUCUUGGUUUGGACUGCCUAAAGAUGGAGGAAACAGAGCAGAAGCUAAAGAAACAGCUGUUACUUCUUGGAGGUAUACUCCUGUGGAUGUCUGCAGUUCUGGCCUUAGUCCCUGUUUCUUGGGUUGCCCAUACGAUAAUCCAGGAAUUUUGGGAUGAAGACAUCCCAGAGAUUGUGCCCAGAUGGGAAAUAGGGGAUGCACUGUUCAGUGGUUGGUUUGGUGGAUUUUUUAUAAUCCUUGGAGGAUCUCUACUCCUCUCCACAAUCUGCUUAUCUUCUGACCAUCAAUUACCAGAGCACUAUGCAAUGGCAGAUGUGCAAGACACCUAUCAACAGCUGGAAACUGGAAAUAGAAGACUUUAA